UAAUUCAAGAUUGAACCUAGCGAUUGUACCCUGAAUAUAAAUAAUCUGGGAUCCAAACAAUGGCCUCAGUUGGAAGUCACGAGAAGGGCUGGCGGCUCCAUCGUCUCAAGCGGCACGAAGCAUAGUUGCUGCUCGAACACGCAGGUAACACAUCUGUGUGAAAAAUGAUAGCAGCCAUUUCUUGGGUGCCUAAAGGGGUUUCAAAAUCUCUUCCAGGUGUGGCAGAACCGCCUUCUAAAGAGGAGAUUGAAGAGAUACUAAAGAGUGGUGCCUUAGAGAGAAGUGGAGAUAGUGAGAAUGAGGAAGAUGAAGACAUGGAUGUUGAUGCGGCCAAGCAGACAGAUGAUGUUUCCCAUGCAUUGGCAGCGGCAAAUGCACUUGGCAGGACAUGUAAUACAAGUUCUGGGACAAACUUCCAAGACAUAACUGAUGGUCUUAGGGAGCUUGACAUGGAUCACUAUGAUGAAGAGGAUGAUGGCAUUGAGCUGUUUAGCACCGGACUUGGAGACACCUACUAUCCAAGUAAUGACAUGGAUCCAUAUCUGAAAGAUAAAAAUGAUGAAGAUGAUGAAGAAAUUGAGGAUUUGGCCAUAAAACCAUCAGACACAGUUGUAGUUUGUGCACGUAAUGAGGAUGAUGUCAGUCAUCUCGAGGUUUGGAUAUUCGAGGACUCAGAUGACGGUGAUCCAAACAUGUUUGUUCACCAUGAUAUCAUCCUUCCAGCUUUUCCCCUUUGCACAGCAUGGCUUGAUUGUCCUCUUAAAGGAGGCGACAAAGGAAACUUUAUAGCAGUAGGCUCAAUGGAACCUGCAAUCGAAAUAUGGGACCUGGACCUCAUUGAUGAAGUCCAGCCUUUCGUAAUAUUAGGUGGAAUUUCUAAGAAGAAGAAAAAAGGAAAGAAGAAAUCAGUCAAAUACAGAAAGGAUAGCCACACAGAUUCUGUACUUGGCCUUGCUUGGAACAAGGAAUUCAGGAAUGUACUGGCUAGUGCAAGUGCUGACAAGACUGUUAAGAUUUGGGAUGUGGCAACAGGCAAAUGUGACAUCACAAUGGAACACCAUACAGACAAGGUUCAAGCAGUUGCAUGGAAUCAUCAUGUGCCACAAGUUCUUCUUAGUGGAUCUUUUGAUCACUCAAUUGUCAUGAAGGAUGGGAGGGUACCUUCAUCCACAGGCUGUAAGUGGCUGGUUACAGCUGAUGUUGAAAGCUUGGCGUGGGAUCCACACACUGAGCAUUCAUUUGUGGUCAGUCUUGAAGAUGGUACAGUUCAAGGUUUCGACAUCCGGGGUGCUAAGUCUGACUCAAGCUCUGUGUCCAAGCCAAGUUUCACUCUUCAUGCACAUGACAAAUCUGUGUGCACUGUAUCCUACAAUCCUGCUGCACCUAAUCUGUUGGCAACAGGCUCUACAGAUAAAAUGGUGAAACUUUGGGAUGUAUCAAACAAUGAACCUUCUUGUGUUGCUUCCCGGAAUCCUAAAGCUGGAGCCGUCUUUUCCAUUUCCUUCGCUGGGGACAGCCCAUUCCUGCUAGCUAUAGGAGGCUCCAAGGGAAGAUUGGAACUAUGGGACACCUUAUCUGAUGCUGGGGUUGCAAAAAAAUUUGGAAAGUAUAAUAAUAGAAAAGUGGCAUCCCCAGAAGAGCCUUGAUGAUGAAACAAGAGAGAGAAAACUAUUUACUUAAUGUAUGCCGGUGGCUGGAGUCCUGAUAAGGAAAGCAGAAGCUACUGCAACCAAGGCCCUUCCGAUGCAACUAUAAAACAAGUCUGGCUAUUGAAAAGUUUAAACUGGAUGUCUCGUUUCUGUUUUCUGGUUCCUUUCCUAGCAUGAAAUCCAGAAGUUUUUGGUUCUUUGUCUGGUUUUUAGAACUUGUAGUCUGAGUAUCUAUUGGCUGUGGCUAUUGUAUGUAAUUGAAUGUGAUCAAUUUUGAGGUUGUUAAUGGAUAAUAUCAGAGAAUUGUAUGUCGUGACAUCUUCAAUCAUUUUUGACCUGGUUGAUUCAUAGUUUUUGAUAUGAUUAUAGAUCUCUAUUCUGGCUCAA